AUGAACUCUGACUAUGGGGCAUACGGCGUCUUGCGCUUUUUGAAGAAGAACGACGACAGCAUCGUGGCUAACUAUCCUAUCGACGACGAGACGCUCACGUUCGGCAAGGGCGCUGACUGUAAUAUUCGCCUAUACUACCCUGCUGUCAGUCAACAACAUGCCAAGAUUAUCUUUAAGGAGAACAAGGGCUUUCUAUUGAUAUAUGGCGGUCAUGGAGUACAUGUUGAUGGCUGCACAGUCUUUCCGUCGACUUCUUCCGGCGAGACUGCUGUACCUCUGACGAACAACACUAUCCUCGAAAUCAGCAAGAAGCGUUUUCGGUUCGAAUACCCACCAAAGCCGUACCGCGCCGCCCUUGCCGCUCAGAUUAAUACGCCUACCCAGAACCCUUCGAAACGCCGCACUCGCUUCUCUCUGAUCCAGAGCACGGAGGUGUUCUCUCCACGACCCGACCCCGACCCGAAAGUGAACUUGCGCAUCCUGCAAUCACCCCUUCGCAGGUCUCCGUUGAAGAAGGCAGCGCAUUUCGAAGAGGAGGAGGAAGAACCUAUUGUGCUUGUUGAGAGCAACCAUCCACGUGUCAUGGAGGAUGACCAGGACCUUGUCAUCAUUGAGGACGUCCCCAAGCAAGAGCCCGUUGCGCCUACCCCGGCACGAGUCACCGUACCGAUGAUCCCGCGGCAACAACAACAGUUUACCACUCCGCGUCGUAAACCACCGCGCAACUCUCUGCAUCGUGCUGUCCUCAUUCGCUCGGCUCAGAAAGCUGCUUUGCGCGAGAUUGCCCGUGAGGAAGAAGAAGAGCAAGAAGUCGACGCGGUGGAGAUGAUCAUCGAAGAAGGCCCUGCUGAGCAGGAAGACGAUGUGCAACCUCAUGUUGUCGACGAGGAGGACGAAGAAGAGGAUAUGGAUGUUGAUGACGAAGAGGCUGGUGAUGAAGCCGGGGAUGAGCGCGGGCGCUCCACUGGUUUAUCCAGCUGGCGCCGCGGUGUUGAGGCCGUACGCAACGGUCUACGCGCACUAUCCCGGUCUCUAUCCCCCGAGAAGGAUCCUGAACCGGAGGACGAGAAGAAUCCCCUCGCAGACGACGACGAGGUGCAGACGUCGGCGCCACUGGUAUCUGAUCUAGUCUCGGCUUCUCAGCGCGCGGCGUCAGAGCGGCCUUCUGACGACAUUGGCUCUCCCUUCCGCUCGCCGGCGAAGCCUUCUCGAGAGAGCCUCAGCCUUGCCGAUCGCGUCCGUGGCUCAGGCAGGGUAUCACUAGCCGGCCCCUCGCGGAGUCCUUUGAAGCCCAGUCAACCCCUGGCCUGGCGAGGGGAACGUGGAGAACAGCGCGUCUUCGCUCAAACGAGUCCGCGUCGGGUUAGCGCCGAAGAGCGACAGGCCAUUCAAGAACGCCGCCGUCAAUCACUUGCUACUCCAGACCCCUUCUGGGCCAAGAAUGGUAUACCCGGCUCACGCUCGCCCGCCAAGGCAGGCAUCUUCCCGUCAGCAAGCGAACCCGCCCGCAUCGCAGCACCGAACUUCGGUGUACCACUCUCGCCGCAACGCGCACCUGCUACUCCGCCUCCCGCCGCACCACCCGGGCUCACAUCCUUCGAUGAGUUCAUGUCACCUUCACGCGCUUGGGGUGCUUCUCGCGACAACCAAGAACCCGUUGAGGAAGCUGUGGAGGAAGAAGAACCCGACGAGAUGCUUCAGCGCCUCAAGAACACCAUUGGCGACAUGAAGCGCCGCAGGAGCAUGCGCUCUGAAGAGGACGAGGCUCGCCUACGCGCUUUGGCCGAGAAGGAGCAGAGCAAAGCGGAUGAGCCAGAAGAAGAGGCAGAAGAGGACGGCGCUACUGUUGAGGACGUAUCUGAACCAGAGGAUGAGACGGCCGGUCCGUCGACUGCUCGCGAGGCCACACCUGAGAUUGAGUUACGCCAUGUCUUCCACCCUCCCACCGCCACACCUCGUUUGUCAGGCGUUCGCGACCUUCAUAAACGCGCUGAAGCCGAGGCGCGAGUACGCAAUGCCGGGACACCAGCGCUCGACGGCAUGCAGCAGAUGUUCUCACGACCUUCGCUCAGCCGGCGCGAGCACGAAGAUAUCAUUCCCAGCUCGGACGACGAGGAGGCUCGAGCGGCUGCUGCGGAGGAGCAGGACUCAGAAGAAGAGGAAGAACCCGAGCCUGCACCUGCACCCGUGAAGGCCCCGGCGCGCAAUGCACGCUUGAAGAAAUCAGAGACUAUGCCUACUGUGACAAGGACGAUCGCGAAGACAGCCCCCGUCCGCAAGACGGCGAGCACGUCGCGCAUCGAUGUGCGCCCUGGGUCGGGACGCUCUACUCCUAACGACGAAGUCCAGGAUGAGCCCGCCCCGACGCGGUCCAGGACACGUACCGCGACCGGUCCGAAGGCUGCUGCAGCAGGCAAAGCGAGCGGCAGCCAACAAACCGCCAGGUCCACCGUGAGAGUCACAAAACCCGUGGACCGCGCACCGCGCAGCCGGAAGGCUACAGAGACGGGCGAUGAUGCUGCACCUGCCCCUACCAAGGCUGCUGGGAAGAAACCGGCCACACGCACGGCGAAGGCAUCCGCACCAACCCGCUCAACCACAGCAGCGUCCACCCGCAGCAAGAAGUCCCCGUCCGACUCUACGCCAGAUCCUCUCGAAGACGACAGCGAUGAAGAUGAUGCGGCGCCCGUCGCCUCGCGCGUUCGUCAACGUCACGCUACUGGCGAGUCUCAGCAGCCAGACGACGAAGACAAGCCGCGCGCCACUCGCCGUACACCUGCUCGGACUGCCGCAGCGCGUAAGCCCGCUACUGCUGCCGCACCGGCUCGUAAGACGACCGCGCGCAAAGCAGCGCCUGAGAAAGAGAACACCCCCGAUCGCGUCAAGGAGGAAGAUGAAGAAGACCCCACACCUCCGCCUCCUCCACCGCCGGCUCGUACGACGACGCGGCGCACGGCCGUCCGCAAGGCCGAUGCGGGAGGGCAAAGCGAACCUGAACAAGCGCAGGCGAAGGCACGCCCCGCUCGUACUCGCGCAGCAACGCGCGGAUGA